CGGCUCGCCGGCGGCUCAGUUCCUGGUUGCCGGCCGGGGAUGGAGCGGUUGUGCGUGCUGUGGUGCCUGCUGUGGUGCCUGCCGCGGCCGGCGGCGGCGCGGUCCCCCCCGCACCUGGUGCUGGUGCUGGCCGACGACCUGGGCUGGGGCGACGUGGGCUGGCACGGCUCGGCCAUCCGGACGCCGCGGCUGGACGCGCUGGGGGCGGGCGGCGUGCGGCUGGAGCGCUACUACACGCAGCCGCUGUGCACGCCGUCCCGCAGCCAGCUGCUCAGCGGCCGCUACCAGAUCCACACGGGUUUACAACACCAAAUAAUUUGGCCGUGCCAGCCCAGCUGUCUACCACUUGAUGAGAAACUCCUCCCAGAGCUGCUUAAAGAUGCAGGAUAUGUUACUCACAUGGUGGGGAAGUGGCAUUUAGGGAUGUACAGGAAGGAAUGCCUUCCAACCCGCAGAGGAUUUGAUACUUACUUUGGUUAUCUUCUGGGGAGUGAGGAUUAUUAUUCUCAUGAUCACUGUGUGCUCAUCAAAGCAAAAAAUGUAACACGCUGUGCUCUGGACUUCCGUGAUGGAGAAGAAGUCGCAACUGGGUUUAAGAACAUGUACUCCACAAAUUUAUUUACAGAAAGAGCUAUAGACCUUAUAGCCAAUCAUAAAACUGAGAAGCCCCUCUUUCUCUACCUUGCUUUUCAGUCUGUCCAUGAACCCCUUGAGGUUUCUGAAGAGUACAUGAAACCAUAUUCCUCCAUUAAAGAUGAAAAGAGGCGCCAUUAUGCAGGAAUGGUGUCUCUUUUGGAUGAAGCUGUAGGAAAUCUUACCGAUGCUCUGAAAAGAUACGGUCUUUGGAAUAACACUGUUCUUGUUUUCUCCACUGAUAAUGGAGGGCAGACUAUGGCAGGUGGAAAUAACUGGCCACUUAGAGGAAGAAAAUGGACCCUCUGGGAAGGAGGAGUUAGAGGAGUAGGCUUCGUUGCAAGUCCUUUACUGAAGCAAAAAGGGGUAGAAAGUCAUGAACUUAUCCAUAUCUCUGACUGGCUGCCAACACUGGUGCACCUUGCUGGAGGACAUACCAAUGGCACAAAGCCUUUGGAUGGCUUUGAUGUUUGGAAAACCAUCAGUGAAGGAAGACCUUCUCCCAGAGUGGAACUGCUUCAUAAUAUAGAUCCCAUGUUUGUGGAUGAUUACCCAUGUUUUGGCAUUGACAACAGGACAUCUUUACCACAGAUCAAUUCUUUUCCGCUGGGUAGUACACUUUUCAAUAUCUCCAUGCAUGCAGCAAUCCGUCAUGGAAAAUGGAAGUUACUAACUGGAUACCCAGGCUGCGGUCAUUGGUUUCCUCCACCAUCUUUGUUCACUGAGUCACAGAUUCAGUCAUAUGAUCCACCAACGAAGAGACUUUGGCUGUUUGAUAUUGUUCGUGACCCUGAAGAGAAAUAUGAGUUGUCUGAAAAACAUCCUCAUGUGGUGAAAAAGCUGCUCUCACGUCUUCAGUACUAUUAUAAACGUUCAGUGCCUGUGUUCUAUCCUGAUGAGGAUCCCCAGUGUGAUCCAGCAGCAACUGGGGUCUGGGGCCCUUGGGCGUAGUGCACAGCACUGUAUCCUGUAAAACAUACCUGCAGUAGUGUUUGAUUUGUGGACUUCAGAAUCCUAGUCACAUCUGUCUUACCUUGUUACAAUGUUGCUAAGUGUGAACUCAUUCUCUGCUCAUUCUCUUAAAGAAUGAGAACUCUUAAAAUAUGGUCAGAAUCCUAUUUCAGUCCUUCCCACUCUCUCCUUCCCAGUUAUUGUUUGUGAAAUAUUGAUAAAAAUAUAAAUCUGUUGUUCGAGUAUUCUUUUUUAACAUUAUGCCCUUAAAGCAGAAAGUAAAAUGUUGCUUCCUUCUCUGGAAGGGAUUACUUUUGUUAAAAAGCUGCAGUGAGUCAUGGCAGCAGAAAUUUUCAGAAUUCUCCUGUGGAAUAAACAGAUUUUUUUGUUUCAUGUUUACUCAGGAGACAAAUUUUAUUGAAAGCUGUUCAAAAUAAAUAAAUAAAAAAUACAUCAGUUGACAUUACAAUCUUUGCCUUUACAUACAUACACCUCUAUCUAGAAAAGACUAAAGGAAGAAUUCUGAGAGUAAGGAAAAAACCUUCAAACUCUUUUAUAAUACGAAAGCAAAAUCAUGAAUUCCUGUCCAUUGUUAACACUGAGAGUAGUGUUCAGCUAGAAGGCAGAGCUGGCAGGCAGAAAGGCCUUGACAGGCUGAAGGAAAUGCUGAACCAAAAAAGUUAGAAAGUAUAGCACUUGAGGUGGAAUAACCCCAUGCCGGUUUGCUUGUCUCUGAGUUGACAGAAGGCAUUUUUGUGGAAAUGAACCUGGGUGUUCUACUGGACAAUAAACUGAAAAGGAGUUGCCACAUUCUUGGUCAAGAAGACCAAUCAGUUGUUUGUCUAUAUGGGCAUGAAUGUACCCAGCACAUGAAGAGAAGUGUUUAUUCUUCUCUGCUCAGCAGAGUAUUUUGGGUCUCCCUGUGCGUGGGAUAUAGUGCCAUACUUAAGGGCCAGGAACAUGAUCAUUUGGAGGAGAACAAUAUGAUCAUUUGGAGAAGAACAAAUAAGGAGGGGUUAAAGGAAUGGGUUACCUUAGACUGAAGAGGAAGGUAAGGGGGGACUUCUAUCUUUAGCUAAUAUGGGGGCAUAGAGAAGAUGAAGGAUAUGGAGACUCCCAUCAGAGUUGCACGAAGAUAAAAGGCCCACAGAGAGUUCUAGUUCAAUACAAGAAAAAAAAAAUCACACUGAGAAGGUACUCAAAUAUUGGAACUAUGAAGCAUUGGUAUCCUCAUCUUCAGAUAUGUUGAAACCUGGGUUGAAGGAAACCAUGGACAACAUUAUCUAACUCUGAUGUUGGGCUAACUUGAAGUUGGGCCUACUUCUGUGGGGAAAAAACAGAUGAUUUCCAAAGGGUCUUUCAGCAUCCAUUAUUCAAUCAUUCUACUAUUAAAAAAGCCUUACUCUUACUUGCUGCCAUUGUGAUGAGUAACCCUACUCAAAUUUUACUUCUUUAUCAUUGUAGAAGAAACUGUUUUCAUCUUGAAGUGGGCUCUAAGCCAUGAAGAAACCAGACCAACCAACAUUUCUCAGUUACUCAUCAAAUUGAUGCGAAAUCAGCUCUCUACCAGCUCUCUUAAUGUAUCAAGUCUCUGGAGUCUGGCCAGAGUUCUGGUAUUACUUCUCACUGUCCCUAGCCAAGUUCUCAAGCUGCAAAGCUUCAUCUGUCACCCUAUCAAGAAAGUAAAGAUCUAAUGGCCUAUUUUCAGGGUCUAGGACGAAGUCCAGUAAGUUUUGCAGACGUUUUUGACAUUUUCCCUCAGGAAGUGUGCUAAUUAUUGGCAAACAUAUUCACAAAGGAUGAGAAUUAACAGAAUUUGCACGUUUAAAAAUAAAAAAGAUAAGCCAGUGAAAAGGUAAAAUUUAGGAAAACGCAGAUGUAUGUGAAAAUAAACAGAAUGUUACACUGUCUUAAAUCUGUACACCUUUUGCACCUAAAAGCAGAAAUGAAAGCCAAAGCUCUCCAAAAGGCUGUUUAUCAGUACAGCUUUUUUCCCCAGUCUUAUGUCCUUGUCACUUUUACUUAUCCAUGUCAGUAUUUUUUCUAUUGUAUGUAGAAAAAAUAGAAGGUUGGAAGAGGCCUCUAAGAUCACCUAGUCCAACCAUCAGCCCAUCCCCACCAUGCCUACUAAACCAUGUCCUGAGUAUCACAUCUCCACAUUUCUUGAUCGCUCCCAGGGAUGGUGACUCCAUCACCUACCUUGGCAGCAUAUUCCAGUGUCUCACCACUCUUUCUAAGAAGAAUUUUUUCCUAGUAUCCAACUUGAACCUCUCCUGAUGCAACUUGAGACCAUUACCUUUUGUCCUGUCACUGCCUGAGAGAAGAGGCUGACUGCCAACUUGCCACAGCCUCUUUUCGAAGAGUUGUAGAGAGCAAUAAGGCGUCCUGAGCUUCUUCCUCUCCAGUCAAUCCCAUUUCCCUCGGUUGUUUCCCAUAAUCCUUCACAGCUUUGCUGCCCUUGUUUGGACACACUUCAGUGUCUCAGUAUCUGUCUUUGUUUCUCCUCAACCUUGAAGCAGGAGAAGGAGGAAGACUAGUUAAGGAGAAAAUAAUUAUUCUAUGCUGGGGAAACUAUACAGUCCUCUUCCACAUUUCCACAGCUUCACUACAUGCUGAGCAAACAUUUCUGUUUGUUUAUAGCCUACUUUCAGGUAAUUUAAUUUGCACUGGUAAAAUACCUAUGCUGUGACAGAAUCUCUUAUAUUCCACAUUUACCAACUUUCAUAUUAAUCAGUAUAUGUAAAAUAUAUUAAAAAAUAAUUAUUUUAUGAAGAUGUGUUCUCCAAACUGGCAUGUGACCAUAUCUCCCCCUGUUUUCUAAAACCCAUUUAAAUGCUUCACACACAGCAGCAUUUAAUUUUUGAGCUUUUGAAGAUUGUUUAUGAUAACUGAGACUCAAACUCUCUUAUUUGCUGUCCGCAGCAAGGAAUGGAAAACAUUACCAGUGAAACCUAAGUCAUGGUAGCUUGAUAAAGCUUCCAUCUUAUGGCUCUAAAAAUAUUUUAUUGCACUUCCCUUUCCUCACUGUGAUGAUAUAUUUAUUUUACACCAAUUCCAUUAUUUAUCCCUGUUUAUAACUUAGAUGUUAAUAUUGCAAUUCUGACUUUCAUUAUCUAAUUUUCUGUAAUAUAUAUUUAGUAAAAUAUGGAGUAUAAGAUUAGGAAUAUGGGAAUAUGGAAAACAUCAAUACAGCAACCUUGGGAGUUACUGCUUCUCUCCUUUAUGCAUUACUGAUGCAGCUUGGCCUUCAAAUAGCUUUUUGAAAUAAAUCGUCCAAAUUAGAAGUUCUAUGUGUUUAGUCCUCUAUACUUUAUUCAUUCAAAACAUGGUUAAUUUAUUCUUUCUGCCAAAUUUCAGAUGGAGAAAUUGACAACCAUUCCCUUGUUCAUAAGGCAAGGCAAGUAGAUCCAAUGCAUUUAUAUUACUGUCACUUUUGAAAGAGUUGGUUGGGUUUUUUAGUGCAUUUAGUAUUGUGUCUGCACUCAUAGAUACAUAGGACUGGAAAGGUUCUCAGUCAGUAUCCACGUAUGACCUUUUUGUCUGUAAAGCAAUUACAUGAUGUGGCUAUCACAAUAAAAGGGACAGGACAUGAGGGUGGAGGGAAAGUAGAACUUCUGCCUUGCAUUCGUGUAUGUCAUUCAGCAUCCUGCAAUUACAUUGCAUGAUUUUCAGCACUGGCUUAUCCACAAGAGCGGAAACUUCGGACAGUGAUGUUUAUAAAACAGAUUCUGUUUUUAUUACUGUGAAGCCUAUUUUUAUGGAAACGAAAGAAGCAUGAGAUAACUUUACAAAGUAAUUUGCAUAUUUGAGUGUCCCAUCUAUGUCAGCUCCUUGGCUAAAGCAACAAAGCAAUAACAAAUAUUAAUUUCAGAGGUAAGUAGAGCUUUUAUAUGUUUUCUUUUAUCUGUGUACUGCAGUGUGCAUUUUAGUACCUUGCUGCUAGGAGUUCAUCUGCUAGGAGGAGACUGUGGCCUAUUACUGUCUUCUUUAAAUAUCAAAUUCACUCUCUAUUUCCCUUUUUUCCUUACAAAGAGAUGAUAUAUUUUGACAUCCAAGAAUUCAUUAUUUUCUCCAACAAUUCAUUGUAUAUUUAAAUUCCUAAUUAUUUUACAUGGGUGGUCCUGCGUAAAAUAUUUUAACUGAACUGAGUCAGUAAAACAGACAGACAGCUGGCUGACACGUUCAGGUUGACAUCAGAAAAGAGCCAUGUACUCUACAAUUAUUUCAAACUGGGAAGUACAGAAUCCUUUAUAUGUUUUGUGGAGACUCAAAGACAUGAGAUGAGUUCAAAAAUGCAUUUUGAAUUCCAAAGGAAAUUUGAUUGCCUUCUUCCUAAUUUAAGAUUCAUUCUUAAUGUAGCAAACACCAAGGAUUUUGAAUUUGAAUGUGCCCAUUUGUAUAUUGUAAAAAUUAUUUAAGCUUUGGAAAAGUAACAGUGUUUAGGAAGGAUGUACAUUCUGCAUUGCUUAUUCACAAAAGGAUGCACACAAAUAAGGAAAUUGUAAUUUUAUAAGCAAAAUCUUGGCCAGUUCUUAGGUCUAAGGCCUUAAAUUCAGCCUAAAAAUCAUUUGUUCUGUUUUCCUAAAGUUGA